AUGGGGUCGACUACACUCAAGGAAGCUCCAUGGACAGCUCAGUCCGUUAUCGCCACUCUCCCACACCCACUCGCAGAGAACACCUCCAGCCCCGUUCCCUUCUUCCAUCUUCUUGAGCGCCUAAAAUCCACAAAGCGCGAAGGAUGGCGCCGAUUCGGCAUCACCAACGGUGAAUCGAUAUCCGACCACAUGUAUCGCAUGUCCAUUAUGACCAUGUGCGCCCCGCCUGCGCUCGCGGCCAAACUCGACAUCCCCCGCUGCACAAAAAUGGCUCUGAUACAUGACAUGGCCGAGUCUAUAGUUGGCGACAUCACCCCAGCCGAUACCCAUAUACCAAAGGCAGAAAAGGCCAGGCGGGAGGCGGAGGUUAUCGAAUAUAUUGGCAAGUCCCUACUGGGCGCUGUGCCCGGGCCUUGCAGCUCAGGAUAUCCAAGAUAUAUUCCAAGAGUACGAGGAUGA